UCGAGUAGACACCAUCCGUCGUAUCAUGGCAGAAUUCGAGACCCAGGGUAUACCAAUCAAGUUCCACUAUGUCGCUUCCGAGGAAAAUCCGGCAGACUGUGCCACUCGCGGUCUAGCCACGAAGGAAGCCGAAAACCACAUCUGAGUGCCUCCUCAAGAUGGAGAAGAAGUUGAAUGUGAGUACCAAAAUGUACAGACGGUCCAGGAAGAGUGGUACAAGGAGAUGCUUGCACUUCUCGACCAGUUCUGGGAAGUCUGGCACACCGACUACCUCUCUGCGUUGCGUGAACGACAGCAAGCCCGCGUACGUCAAGGCAAAUAUGUUACCUUAAUGCCGCAGACCGGGGACGUUGUUAUCGUAGCGGAGGAAAAACUUCCGAGAGGGUUAUGGCCGUAUGGCCUUAUUCAAAAAGUACAUCAGGGUAGCGAUCACCAGCUGUAUCCGUUAGAAAUCCGCGCCGCCACUACUUCGCUGAAGCCUAAAAUUCCAUCCAUAACACCGCUUCCGCAGCGAAAACAGCCAUCAAGGGCGGCCAAAAGCGCACACAAGUUCAUCCGUAAUCAGUAA